AUGCCGCACUCAGUGUCACCUGCUGCGUCGCCUCGUCGAGACGAUGAAGAGCUACCAGAUGCUCCCGUGGACAGUACGACCGAGACUGGCGGGGUCAAGUUGGAGGACAUGUUCAACGACGAUGACGACGAGGAGUUCCCAGCAUCUGGCGCCCAAGAUGUGAAGAUGGGAUCUUCUCCGGCCCCGACGCCAGCAGCAGCCCCUGCCCCAGGUCCCUCCGGUGUCGACACAGAUGUCAUGCUCGCGUUCUAUCAACGUCUGUUCCCAUUCCGAUACUUGUUCCAAUGGCUCAACCACGGGGUCGUCCCCACGAAAGACUUUGGCAACCGCGAGUUUGCCCUAACUCUGCAAAAUGAUGCAUAUCUUCGAUACCAGUCUUACCCAACCGCAGAUUUGUUCCGAAAAGACAUUCUCAAGAUGAAUCCCUCUCGGUUCGAGAUCGGGCCUGUGUAUAGCACCAACCCCCGCGAUCGCAAAACCCUCCGAGGCGGUCAAAUGAAACCCGUCUCAAAAGAGCUGGUAUUCGAUAUCGAUAUGACAGAUUAUGACGAUAUUCGAACCUGCUGUAAGGGAGCCAGUAUUUGCCACAAGUGCUGGGCAUUCGUGACCAUGGCUAUCAAGGUCAUCGACAGCGCCCUCCGAGAAGACUUUGGAUUUGAGCAUAUUCUCUGGGUGUACUCAGGUCGUCGUGGUGCGCACGCGUGGGUUUGUGAUCCACGUGCGCGUAAUCUGCCAGACGACCGGAGAAGGGCGAUUGCUGGAUACCUCGAGAUUUUGCGUGGUGGUUCUCAAAGCGGCAAGCGAGUGAACAUCAAGCGGCCCCUCCACCCCCACGUUACCCGGAGCUUGGAUAUUCUGAAAAACUAUUUCGCUCAGACUACCCUCAUUGACCAAGACACAUUCGCCGGCUCUGAGCAAGCAGAGAAAUUACUGGGGUUGCUCCCAGACAAGUCAUUGAACGAGGCAUUGAAGAGGAAGUGGGACUCAUCUCCGGAUCGCCCGAGCACCAGUAAGUGGGCCGAUAUCGAUGCCCUCGCAAAAACCGGAAAAAGCAGUACUUUGAACACCUCUACUCUACGAGAUGCCAAGCAAGACAUCGUCCUCGAAUACACCUAUCCCCGCCUUGAUGCCGAAGUCAGUAAGAAGAUGAUUCAUUUGUUGAAGAGUCCAUUCGUCAUCCAUCCCGGCACGGGACGUAUUUGUGUGCCUAUCGACCCAAGCAAAGCGGAUGAAUUUGAUCCACUUUCCGUUCCUACGGUGAUGGAAUUGUUAGCGGAGAUUGAUGCAUACGAUGCAAAGCAUCCUGCUGGUAUCCAAGAUGCAGAAAUGCCUGAUAUCGAGGGCAGUGCAAUGAACGGCUCAGACAUCAAGGGUGCCCGCAAGCUUCAAGACUAUGAGAAGACUAGCCUGAAGCCCUACAUUGAGUUCUUCCGAUCAUUCAUCGCGAAUCUUCUCAAAGAAGAGCGUGCGGUCAAACGAGAGCGCGACGAAACCGCUCCGCCAGUCAAGGCUGAUCCAAUGGAGUUUUGA